AGUAGUAGAAUUGGGAGCAUUCAAAUUUUAGUGACUGUUGUGGACUGUUGUGCAUCGUUCAUCGCCCAGUUCACUCCAAAAUCUGAGGAAUAGUUUCAUUUUUUAACUCUCUUCUUCCUCCCUGCGGUCACAAUCAGGCAUGGCACAAAACGUCAAUCCAUUCUACUCGUCGCAGAAUCCACAGAAUAAAGCGAAGGAGGAAAAGCCAAAUUUACCCAAGGAUAAUCAUGCAGUGAGCAAAAGACUGCAAAAAGAACUUAUGAUUCUGAUGAUGAGCUCGGAAAAAGGUGUUUCUGCUUUUCCGGAAGGAGAAAAUCUCUUUAAGUGGAUAGGUACCAUCACAGGUCCUCGAGACACGGUUUACGCAGGUUUGACCUACAAGUUGAGCCUAGAAUUUCCUCAGAGUUAUCCUUACAGUGCACCAACAGUGCGAUUUGCGACAUCAUGUUUUCACCCAAAUGUGGAUAACGCAGGAAAUAUAUGUCUUGAUAUCCUGAAGGAUAAGUGGAGUGCCUUGUACGACGUUCGCACAAUUUUGCUCUCCAUACAGUCACUCUUGGGUGAGCCCAACAACGAGAGUCCACUCAAUCCUCAAGCCGCCGAACUCUGGAGCGAUCAGACAAAAUACAAAAAACACCUGAAGGACGAAUAUGACAGAGCCUUGAGUAGAGGUCAACAAGACUCAUGAUAAGCAAAUUUUCACACUUUGGUCCAAUCAGGAUGCAAUCCCUGCCUACACAAUUAUUAUUAUUAUAAUUAUUACUAUCAUCAAUAUUGAAUAUCCAGAAUGAAUCACCCUUUUCUUUUGGAAUUUCGUGAAAACACACACAACACACACAUGUACACACACAUGUACACACAUACACACAUACACACACACACUGCACUGAAAGUCCGAAAAGACUUGGAAUUAGUCGCUAGAGAAACUUCUUUUGACUUUGUCGAACGAUUCUAUUUCAGAUGUAUUUUUAUUUGCCCAGUAUCUCCGUGAUUUCCGAGGGAACAAUUAGGGAUUUGUACAAUCAUUUUGCGUCAAUUCGUAUUCGCGACUCCAGAUUUUUUAUGCGUUCAUAAUUCUGUUGGAAAAAACAAAAAAAAAAAAAAAAAAAAUCGUCUCUUUAAGUGGUGUAAAAUUGAAAAUUUUCGUGUCACGCUGAACAAACUCGAGACGCGAAUACGUCAUCUUCAUCGCCCCUAAGAUUUUUGAUGAACGUAGGUAUUUAUUUUAAUAAACGAUCGAGAUGAAACACGUUGAUUUGAGAAAUUUGAAUUUUUGGCGUGUGGUUGUUUCGCUCGUUGUAAUAUGUACUUUCGAAAUAAAUAUUUAAAAAGUA